AAUACUGUGCUAUUUACUCUAUUUUGUUCACUUUUAUAUUUGUACCAGCUACUACAACCGUCUCAGGUGUUGUAGGUGUAGUUUGCCACGUGGCUAUUCAGGACUGUAAUCCUACAUAAGCUUUGUCAGUUUCUUCAAAGCAACUUGUUCCUGAAAGCAAAUUGACUUGACUUGUCCGUCUGCAUGUCAACAAAUGAUGUGUCUGCAUCAGGCUAGCCACUAGAGUUUACUACACAUUAUACUGCUUCACUUCAUCAUAGCAUAUCCUUUACUGGACCAAGGAGAUAGGUGCAGGGACUGUCUUCACACUGAGGCUUUAAGUGGCUGUGCGCGUAAGCUAGGCUUGUUGCGCUACAGUACACACCUCCACGAUGCCUGUGAUGCCCAUGCCACAGCCUGCCUACUCCCAGGCCAGGGAGAACCUGGUGAAGGCCAUCCCACCCAAGAUCAUCUGCCUCCUGGCCUGCGGAGGACGAGACUGCCGUUAUGAAGGACCAGCCUGCUGGAGGCCCAGCCAACAAGCUGUACAGGGACUUUUUUCACACUGGGUGACUGAUGACAUUGUGGCCACGGCACGACCUUCCUCUCACCUCAUAAAGAAAUACAGCAUCAUAGAUCAGUUCAAAAGGCUGAACAUCAAGUCUAUAAUCAACAUGCAGUUGCCUGGGGAGCAUGCUCACUGUGGCCCCCCUCUGGAGCCAAGCACUGGGUUCACCUAUUCACCACAAACCUUCAUGGACAACGACAUCUUUUUCUUCAACUUUGGCAUGCCAGACUUCGGCGUGUCAUCUCUUCUGGGGAUAAUGGAUGGAGUGAAGGUGUUAGCCUUCGCCGUGAAAGAAGGGAGGGUGGCAGUGCACUGUCAUGCCGGCUUGGGGAGGACAGGUGUCCUGAUAGCCUGCUACCUGGUCUACAGCCUGCGUGUGAGCCCCAGUGAAGCGGUCCACUAUGUGCGUAUCAAACGUCCCCGGUCCAUCCAGACUAGGGACCAGAUCAGCCUGGUGUUUGACUUCGCCCGUCUGCUGGGCACUCAGCUGGCCCAGUACCCUGACCUCAGCCUGCCACGCGGGGGGCAGUUCACCCUGACGCAGUACCUGCAUCGCCAGGCCCUCCUCCUCCAUGGUCAGGAGGCCCGCACCCUCAGACACACUCCCAAGGUGGUCUACCUGCUGUGUGGCCGUUUCACGGCCCUGGCACUGGGCCUGCCUGCCUCUCCGGAGGUGCACGCCGAGCUGGAGAGGAGGGCAGAACUGCGAAUCCUGGGCAGGGCUGUGAGGGAGACUCUGGUGGCCAAACAGUACCUGCCCCUGCUUCAGGAGGGUCACCGGGGGUCCUGGGGAGGCCCAGGGUCAAUGUCUGUGUCCUCCUGGGAUGAACCAGAGGGCUUUCUGGAGAGGAAGAGGCAGGUACUGCAGGAUAAACGCAGCUACAGUGACUCAGACCUCUGCAAGAUGACUGUAACACAGGAUCUGGAGUUGGGCUCAUACUGCACUGCAUUAGCUGAGCAGAUAAGACAUGACCUGAGACCUGUGAGUCCAGUCCUUACCAUCCCUACAUCUGGCCUAUUUUCAAGUUCAGAGGACAAAAAACACCUCAAAUUCCCAGCAGGCAGUUGGAUACCCAGCAGUGACUGUUCCAAGAGGUCGAAGUGCACCACCAAAAAGACACCAGCAUUUUACAAAUUCAACUCUAACAUUGAGGUACGCAGAAACCAGCAAAAAUCCCAACAUGCCUCAGUUGCUCGAGCAGUUGCCAAGGCGAUGGCAGAACUAAACCCACCCGGGGAGACUGUGCUACAGAGGUCAUUACUGUUGCAGGAGGAGCUGAACAGCAGUGAGUGUGCCUGGGCCCUACUGGUCACAGAGUCCGAUCCACAUGUACUCAGCUCUCUUCUGUGGACCUGGCUGGAAAACCUGAAGGAGCCUGUUCUGAGUGUUGAGGACGUGGAGAUGCUGACCUCGGGACCUCAACACAGGAACCAUCUCAGUGUGCUUACGCAGGCCCAGCGCCAUACCAUGUCCUGUCUGCUGGGCUGUGUUGGUCAGGUGACCAGCCUGUGUCCCCAGAGAGAGGAAGCUGUGCUACGACGCUUGAUACGAGCAAUCACCAGACGCCCUCACGAGGAUAUGGAGAACUAUGCAGCUCUGAUAAGAAUCCUCAAAUCCAGCAUCAGACAAACACUUGAUGGCCACAACUACCUCACCCAGACCUCAGACGACACAGCAGACUGCUGAAGAGGAGGAAACAAACUCAUUGGUUGACUGAUUAACCCAUUGUACAUACUUCCCAAACUUUAUUGUAGGCUAUGUAU